AAAUAAAAUUUAAAAUUUUUUUUCGAUAAAACUUUUUUUGGUUGAUCCGUGAGACGUGACGUUGAAUAUUAAUGGAAACAUAUUGAAAGUUAACAGGUGUAAACAAGCAGCAAGGACAGUAAAUUUUGGUCACCGGAUAAACUUUUGAACAUCAAUCAAUUUAUAUUCCCUUUUCAUUUUUUUCUUUUUCUGUAUUUUUAUUUUCAAAAUUUAUAGGGUAGAUGUACCGUUUGUGGCCACUGUUCCGUUUGUGGCCAUUUUGACAUUUAUAACUUAAUAUUAAAUGUUUAGUUAUUUUUAUUGUAUCACGUAGUUUACUUUAGGGUUUUUUGAUAUGUUGGCAACGCUGUGAACUCUUCUCUUUAGUCGUUACGCGUAUUGUGUAAAAAAUAAUUCAAAACAUUUCUGGACGUGUGGUGUAUCUGAGAAAUUUCAUCGAUUUCUAAUAAGAAUCUGCAGAACAACCCUGAAAUUAAAAUGCCAUCGAAAAUAAAAAAGAAGACCGUCGAGAAAAUUCCAAAGUCUUUUCAAGCGACACUCAGCAAACCUAAAAGGACGUUUUUUAAGUAUCCUGAAGCUGAUUUAAAAAAGGCUUUAGAGUUAAUCAAAAGUGGAACUGCUAUUGCAUCGGCAUCUAAACAAUAUAAUAUUCCUAGAACGACAUUGCGUUAUAAGCUGAAAGGAAGAGCUCCAGAAUCUUCAGGUCACGUGGGUCCGGAAUCUGUACUUGGUCAUCAUAUCGAAGAAAAAUUGGAAGAGUGGUUGUUAGGGACUAGUAAGAUGGGUUUUCCGAUAAAUAAGGAUUUUUUGAUACACUCUGUGAAACAAUUAGUGGAAGCAGAAGGGAUGGAAAAUCCGUUUAAAAACAAUAUCCCUGGAAGAAAGUGGUUUGAAGGUUUCCUUAAACGUCAUCCACGCGUUGGACAAAAAAGAGCUGAACAUCUUUGCAAAGUUCGAGCAGUUGUCACUGAGAGUGGUAUACGUACUUGGUUUUCGCAUGUGGCCGAAGAGCUUGGUGAAGAUAUUAAAAUUCUUGAAGAUCCUAGACGGGUUUUUUAUAUGGAUGAAACAGCAAUACAUCUUGCGCCAAAGGGUAAUCUUGUUUUGGCCGAAAGAGGAAAGGCUGUCUACGACGUAGCUGGUAAUGAGAAAGAAAACGUAACGACAUUGUUUAAUGUUAAUGCUGCUGGAGAGUUUGCACCCCCAUUAACAAUAAUUAAAUACGAACGAUUACCGAAGAUUUGUGCUGAUUCUGCUCCAAAGAAUUGGGGGAUAGGGAAAUCGGAAAACGGAUGGAUGACUAGUGAAGCUUUUUAUGAAUAUUUUACAAAUGUUUUUUAUCCAUUUCUUCAAGAGAGUGAAAUUGAACUCCCCGUGAUUGUAUUCUUAGAUGGUCAUGUCUCUCACAUGUCGAUCCAUCUAAGUAAGUUCUGUAAAGAAAAACAAAUAAUCCUGUACUGUUUCCCGUCACACGCAACACAUAUUCUCCAGCCACUCGAUGUAUCUUUUUUUUUCCCGUUAAAACAACGGUGGAAGAAUUUGGUCCGUAAUUGGCGAAUCGAAAAUAAUGGUGCUGAUGUGCAAAAACAUAAUGUUCCAGCUUUUUUUGUCAAAGCUCAUCAAUGAAGAAAAUUUUGUUAAUGUUAUUAAGAGUGGAUUUAAAGCUUGUGGCAUAUGCCCAUUCGAUGCUGACGCAGUUGAUUACACUAAAUGCGUUGAGAUGAAAGAAUCUCAAAAUGAUCACAAUAUUUUUAACGAAUCUGAUUCACAAAAAUCAUCACAAGUUUCAUCUCAUCGACAAUUCGUUGAAAGUAAAAUUGAAGCAGAAGUUUUACAACGAUUCAAGAACGCAAGAGCCGCAGGCAUUGGAUGGGAAGCUGAUGAUAAAUACGAGCUUUUGUAUGAUCUUUGGGUCAAGGCUGUAGAAGAUGAUAAAAAUGUUGAUAGUGAACUGCAAUCUUCAUCGUGCCUCACUCUCGCGUCUCAAGAUCUCAAUCCUUCGAUUCCCAAUGACAACGACAUUACUGAAUUUCUGUUUCCUGAAUUUUCAGAACCUAUUCUUGAUGAAGUCGAUGAACAAUUGGAAUCCUUGAUCUUCCACAGUCCUAACCAAAAUUCAGAUUUUGGAGUUCCUUUUUUACUUGAACCUCCUAUCCCUUUAAAUAUUGAUAAUGAUUCUACCAGUGUUAGAGCAAUUCUUCCUUCCAGUGACAACGCUAUCCAAUCAUCACCUGUUAUAAUUGAGGUAAUAGAACCUGAUGCUGUUUCUUCUGUUAGCACGGAAAAUGUAUCUAAUCCUAAUACUGUAACAAUGCGUCGAAAAUCAGUAGACGAAGUCAUAAAUGAAAUAGUUAUGUGGCCAAAGUCUAAAAAACAGUCAUCAAAGCGCAAACGUGCUGUUGAACAUUUGCCUUCAGUAAUAACAGCUGAUAAGUGGAUAGAAAUUAUGGAAGCUAAAGAAAAAGAAAAAAAUGACAAAGAAGAAGAAAAAAAAAUUAAAAAAAUUGAAAGAGAAGAAAGAAUUGAAACAAAUAAAAAGAUAAAACAAGAGAAAUUAGAGGAAAAAGCUAGAAAAAAAUUAGCUGAAAAAUUACCUGCGAAAAAAUCUGUGAAACCGCGAAAAAUGUCUAAAAAUUAAC